UGAAAUUAAUUUUAUAUGUGCUAUAUAUAAUAUUACAUCAUUUUGUGAUGACGAAUUGAUAGUAUAUUUUACAAAUCAGUUAAUGAUAGACAACAUUAUAAUCGCAUUAAUUAUAAAGAUACGUAUCAACACCAUCUUAGUAGUUCAUAGUAUGAAUCAUUAUUUUUCGAUAAAAAGUGAAUGGUUAUUUUGAGAGCCCCUGUCCAAAACAUCAAUAACAAUAUUGAUAACAUUAACAACUACGAGUGCGGUUUGAACUUUAUAAAAUUAAAAAUCCAUACUGUAUAAUCUAUUAUAAUAAUUUUAGUUUUUGAGAGUUCUCGUGCUUAUUGAACGGUCAGUAGGCUUCAAACGAUGACACCUGCGUGACGCUUGUUAAGCUAAAUCUCUUUAGAUUUUGUUUUUGUAAUGUAAAUAAACGAGUUUCCAAGACUGAAAAUCUAUUGAAACAAUGAAGAAAUUUAUCAUAUCACUUUUGCUUUUUCAUAUAAUACUACCUUUAAGUUUGUUAACAUGUGUUUGUUUGAAACAAAAUGCAUUGACUGGUAUCUAUCUUUUUUUACUAUUAUAUCUUCCAAUUAUCAAAACACCAACUCCAAACAAUAUAAAUGGAAGUCCAGGAUUCUUCUUAAGACUAGUCACAGCUAUAAGUUGGCUUUUGGCAUUUGUUCAACUUAUAUUUCAAGUUAUUGUUCUUGUAAUGCAACCCUAUGCACAAAUUUUAGAACCAGCUUGCAGUAAUAUGGAAAGAUUAUUUCGACAUAUUGGUUUUAUUGACAUAUCAAAAUUAGAUAUAAUUCAACUAUGUUUGUUUUAUUUACCAGAAUUCAUAAUGAUAUGUACUUCCACUAUUAUUCAAAGGGUUUUAGUUAAAAUUAACAACAGAAAUUACCAAAUAUCAGAAAAUUUCAUGGAAGUUUCAAAUUCUGAUAUAAGGGAAUCAGAUCAACAAAACAGUUUGUUAUGUGUUGCUAUUUCAAUUGGAAAAUAUUUAUGUCUUGUUGCCAUUUGUUUUGCUGCAAUUUCUGUACCUUCAAUUAUAAGUGCAUUCUAUUACAUUACUUUCAUAGGAAUUAUGACUUGGUGGUCAUGUUGUCAUCCCAUAAGUCGUGGAUUUGCAUAUUUGUUUCGUUUUGUAUGUUUAAUUGCAUGUCUUCAUAUUAUUGUUCUCUUUGUUUAUCAAAUGGAAUGGGCUCAAUUACUCCUACCACCAGAUUCACCUAUUGCUAGAUAUUAUGGACUUAUUGCAAUCAGACAAACUAUCUGCACAAACCAUGUAGUAGUAAUUUUCACCCAAUUGGAAUGGCCUAUGUAUGCAUUACCUGUAAUUUUAGUCACAACCCAUUAUCUACUAUGGUUUGAGUCUCUUUUGAUCCUUAAUAAUCCAGAUAUUGAAUUAAAAUCAUUAGGAAUGACUCGACAAGUUACAGUACGUUUGUCUCAAAAAGGUCCUAAUAAAUAUUUUUUUCGAAACAAAACCAAUCGAUGGCGUGCAGCUACUCGUAAAGUUUGUAUGCUUGCUUCAACAUAUGCUGCAAUUAGCUCACAGCCAACAGAAAGCACACCUGAUGUACAGCUUAAAGAGCUUAUCCGUGGUCAAUCUCAACUUUAUACCACUGGUCCUAAUCAAAUUGAAACUCCAUCGUGUAGUAUUUAUGAAAAUGAUAAACAAGAUUCUAGUAUAAAAAAAGAUGAUCACAUGGAUGAAAAAGAAUUCAAGUCAAAUAUUUUCUAUUAUCUCAUAGAUGUACUAAGUACAGUUACUCAAUUUAUAACACGUACUUCUUAUAUAGGCCUUAAUAUUGUUAUGAUGGCUUGGAGUAUAACAUAUCAUAGUUGGUUAACAUUUAUAUUAUUACUGUGGGCUAGUAUUUCAUGGAUGGUUCCUCAACAAAGAAAAACAAUGUUACGUUCCUCACCUUUCUUAGUUUUUUAUGCAGAAUUUUUAUUGCUCUCACAAUUUUUGUAUUGUAUGAAUUUAACUGAUUCUGAAUUACCACAAAAAAUUCAAGAUUGGAACUUACAACAAAUUGGUUUUACAAAAAUUCUUCAUUAUCCAAUUAAACCAUUGUUAAUUAAAACUUUAUUUACUAUAAUGUUUUGGAUUACUCUGCGACAAUAUAUGCAAGAAAGACGUGAAGCAAGAAGUCAUUCAGCUGUAGCUAAUAUGAUAGCCCCUUUACAAGUUACAGUUGGAACUGCAACAGCUAUGGGAGGAGAUUCAAUUACAAAAGGUAGUCAACUAAUGCAAAGACUUGGCGAGGAAGCUAAAAUUAUUUUGACAAAGUUUUGGAUUUGGAUUGUUGCUCUUGUAUUGUUUGGAAUUGGAAUCACUGGUGAAAGAAUGACAAUAUUUAGAAUAAUUUACAUGGCACUGGCAUUAGUAUUUUUAUUAACAUUUCAACUCUCUUGGGUGAUAUGGAGAAAAAUGAUGUAUGGAUUUUGGUUCACAGUCAUAAUUUAUUCAAUGUUAAUUUUAGUUAUGACUUAUACUUAUCAGUUUGAUCAUUUUCCAUAUUACUGGGAAAAAUAUUUGAAAAUUCCGCCUACUCUACAAUUAGAUAUAGGCUUAGAGACAUUUGAAACUGGUGAACUAUUUAUAAGGCUUUUGACUCCAACUUUUUUUGUUAUUAUCACUGUAGUUCAACUUUACUAUUUUCACAAGGACUUUUUAGCUAUAUAUGAUAUAAAAAGCAGGGGUACUAGUAUUGUAAAGCCAUCAAAAACAAAUGAUGAGUUUUCGUAUUCAGACAGUGAAAAUGCUACUGAUUCCAAUGAAACUGCAGAAGAGAAAGAGAAUAGAAUUCGGCGAUUAGCCAGAUCAAGCUUUAUUUCAGAAAGACAUUCAUUUAAAAUUUUUAAAAACCUCCCAAAAAUAAAUUUUAGCACAUUCUUCAAGAUUAUAAAAAGGUAUCUCUAUUAUAUAAUAGAAUUGACCUGGUUGUAUGCAGAAUUACAUAUGAUGAAAAUUAUUUUACUAUGUGUUAUGUUUUUGGCAGCUUAUGAGGUUUGUGUGGUUCAUUUUGUGCUGGUUAUGUUAGUAACUAUUUCACUGGUUUUCAAUAGUCGGAUUCAAUCUAUUAUUGUUUACAUUAUAUCUGUGUAUGUGUCUGUUUUGUUAUUAGCCAAAAUGAUCUAUCAAAUUGAAUACAUUCGUGAAGGUACAUGGAAUGUGACAUGCGCGGAUCCUAAUAAUGAUAAAGCAAUAAAGUAUUAUAAUACUGCUAACUGGGUUGGAUUUAUAAAAGCUGCAGAUGGUGUUUCACUACUCACAUUACUCAAAGGCUACAUAAGUAUAGUUUUUGUAAUUACAUUACAUCGAAUUGUAGUUACACGUCAGAAAUAUAAAAGACAUUUAAAAGGUAGAUCAUUAGCAAAGCCUUUGAGAAUGUUUCCUGGUAUUACAUAUAAAGAUGUUGAUAAAGAUAUUCCUCAUUGUCUUAAAUAUCUACUUAACUUUGGAUUUUAUCGAUUUGGUGUUGAGAUAACAUUAAUCUCUGUUGCAAUACUUAUUGGUACACGCAUGGAUUUGUAUGCAGUUAUCUAUACACUUUGGUUACUGUUUUUUGUUAUGCUUUCUAGAGAAACAUUAGCUAAGUUAUGGUUAGUCUUUAUGUUCUUUAUUGUAGUAACUAUUCCCCUUCAGUAUGCUAUUGUAAUUGGAUUACCUCCAAAUUUAUGUUUUGAUUGGCCUUGGGAUAAUUCCGAUUUUUUGAGUAAUUUUAGAGAUUGGAUGUUCUUACCUGAUCCAGAUUCUCCACCUAAUUCAUACAAAUUACUCUGUGAUUUCAUUGUACUUUUAUUUGUCUCCCGUCAAUCGAUUGUUUUCAAAAUUGAGAGAACACAUCUUGAUGGUGAAUAUCCUGGUGGUACCAAUUGUUCAAUAAUAGAAGAAGCAGAAAAACCUAGUUUUGUAAAUCCAGUACCUGAUUUUGUUUCUCAUAUAAGAUCAUGGCUUGACAUUAUAAAACGUGUUGUAUUGAUUGGAUUUAUAUGGUUCACAUUGGCUAUUGUAUUUUUGGCUGGUACUAAUAGAGUGAAUUUAUUUUCACUUGGUUAUCUCAUUGGUUCAUUUAUAUUUUUAUGGCAAGGAAAUGACUAUUAUUUAAGACCAGUAAAUGUAAUUCUCAAAUGGUGGAAUAAAUUAAUUUUGUAUAAUAUCUUGGUAAUUUCAUUAAAAGCCAUUUUACAAAUUCCUGGUUGUAUGUAUAUGAGUUACAUGAAGAAAAACACAUGCUGGAUGAUUCAACUUUUUGGUAUAUCUUGUAUUCAAAAAUUUUCAACCAAUGAACCUGUUGUUUUAGAAUCAGAGAAUGACGAUUGUGAAAUACCUAUUGAGCACGUUGGAUUGGCAUGGGACAUUUUAUGUUUUGGAUUUUUAAUAUUUCAAAGACGGUUAUUUAACAGUCAUUACUUUUUUAGAAUUGUAGAUGAAACAAAAGCAAUGGCUAUACUAGCUUCAAGGGGUGCAGAGUUAAUUCAAGAACUUGCACAAAAACGAAUUCAAGAGCAACAUGAAACUGAAAGUAAAGUGUUAGAAAAAAUUAAAUCUAAAAUGGAUAGAAUCAAAGCAACACAGAAAAAAAUACAAGGAUAUGGAGCUAAAGAUCCCUUAUCACAUGAAAAAGCCGAAGAAACGGCAUUCGCUCCUCUUGCUCGCAAUUUGUCUGGUAGUUCAAUUCUUCAGAGCUUUCAUACUCCUUUAGAAGAUGAGCCUCCCACUCUAUCUUACCUACAACCACCAACACCUACCUCCACUGUGCUUACUGUGUCAUUAGAAGGAUACCUGGAUCCUAAGAGGAUGUCUUUCAGUAGUUCUACAAAUAAGCGACCAUUAUCAUUUGAUGAAAGUGCAUUUUAUUCUGGGGUAUUCUCACCUCCACCUAUUAUGCAACAACUUCGCCGACAGUCUUCAUUGGGUGUACCCUCUACUUGGUACCCACGCAAGCGAUCUGCUUCGGCCACAUAUUCUCAUCAUACUUCUGUUCGCUCAGGAGAUUACUAUAUGUUUGAUGAAGAAUUUGAUGAUGAAUUGGAUUCUAUUGUAGAAAAAGAUAAUGAAUUAAGCGAAGAUUCAAUGGAUGACAGUUCUGACAGUGUUACAAAUGGAAAAUCAGACUAUAAAAAAAAGAAAGAAACAGAUUUAUCAACUCUUGGAGAAUCUAGUAAAUCAAUGAGGGAUGAAAUUGACAGUCAAGGCAUUUCAGAUAAAGAAACUAAACAAACGUUGGGUCAAAAAAUUAAAGACAACAUUCGUAUUUUUAUGGCUAUAGUUAACAGCUCAACAAUUACACUAAAUAGAUAUUUGAACAGGAUAUCUCGUGAUUAUAGAUAUGUUAUUCGAACUUUAGCUGUUGAAAAAAAAACAUUAAAGAAAAAUAGAGGAUUUGGUAUUGGUUUGAGAACAGGAUCAUCAAUGAUAUGGCAACCCAUGCCUUUUAUUGGGAAAAGUGUUACUCUAAGUGCUGAAAAAUUGGAAGAAUUAGAAGAAAAACAAGAGUUAAAUGCAACUAAUCAGCCUCAGUUAAUGCGUCUUUUAUUAGCUUUGUGGUUUGCAAUUAUAUCUCAUUCUGAUCUUGUAUGUUAUUUUAUGAUAUUCUUACAUCAGAUUAAAUCUGCUACAAUUUUAAGUCUCCCAUUACCACUUAUGGUUUUUCUGUGGGGAACCUUAACUGUUCCAAGACCAACAAAAAGAUUCUGGGUUACGCUCAUUGCUUAUACUGAGGUCAUUGUUGUUAUAAAAUGUAUGUUUCAAUUUGAUAUGAUUCCUUGGAAUCAACAAGUUGUUGCUGAUAAUAUACCUUUUUAUCUACCGAGAAUCAUUGGAAUUGAGAAAAAUCCAAAUUAUGCAACAUAUGAUUUGUUUUUACUUCUGGUAUUAUUUUUUCAUCGGACUAUGUUGAAAUCAUUGGGACUUUGGAAAAGUUCAUUGUCUUUUAAAGGAACAAAUGUGAAUCAAGUUUCAUUAUUUGAUACAAUAGAUACAUGUUGUUCUAUUGGUUCUGAUGGGUAUCAAGGAUCAAUUGAUCAUGAUCCUAGUACAGAACAAACUACUGUUGUUUUAGCUCCUGAGUUUUUAAGCUCUAACAUCAAAGAAGAGAACUUGAUACAAAAAUCUUAUGAUCGAUCUUUUGAUAGAUCCAAUUCUGCUGAAAUGGAAAACUUUAUGGAUUCAAUGCCAUCAUUUUUAAAAAAACAUUGCCAUCCUUUGGUAUAUUUUUUCAAACAAUUAAGUGAUUCAAGUUCUCGUGUCAAUGCUGAUGUUUACACAUAUAUGUUUUUGUGUGAUUUUUUCAAUAUAUUUGUUGUAGUUUUCGGGUUUUCUGCUUUUGGAUCUCAAAGUGACGGAGGAGUUUCAGAAUAUUUUAGAGAAAAUAAAGUUCCAAUUCCAUUUUUAAUCAUGUUAGCUCUUCAGUUUGCAUUGAUUACUAUUGAUCGAUUACUUUAUUUAAGAAAAUAUAUUUUAGGGAAAAUUUUAUUUCAAUUUGUUUUAAUAAUUGGAUCUCAUAUAUGGAUGUUUUUUAUGCUUCCAGCUGUAACAGAAAGACAAUUUAAUGCUGUCAUUCCACCUCAAGUUUGGUAUAUGGUUAAAUGUUUCCAUUUGUUGUUGUCUGCAUAUCAAAUCAGAAGUGGAUAUCCCACCAGAAUUUUAGGGAAUGUAUUGUGUAAAAAUUACAAUUAUAUUAAUAUGAUUUUAUUCAAACUGUACAUGUUAUGUCCAUUUGUAUUUGAAUUACGGACUAUUAUGGAUUGGGUAUGGACAGAAACAUCAAUGACACUUCCUGAUUGGUUGAAAAUGGAAGAUAUUUUUGCACAUAUUUUCCAACUGAAAUGCUCAAGACGCGUUGAAAAUGAUUACCCCAAUCCUAGGGGUGUUAAAGUUAAGCCCAUUAAAAAAUAUUUCAUUGGAGGAGGAACACUAAUUGCAUUAAUAGCAGCAAUUUCAUUUCCACUUCUUUGGUUUGCUCUUGGAAGUACAGUUGGAGAGCCUAAUUUGCCUAGUAGCAUUAGCAUAAGUAUAAGACUUGGAUCAAACCAACCAAUUUACACAAUGAGCAUUGAAGGAAAUGUUGAUAAUUUUGAUCAAACAGAUUGGAAUUCUAUGAUAAAUGUCUAUAAAAAAUUACGUUCUGCUCAAACUUUCUUGUCAAAUUAUGAUUAUGAUGAUGUUGGAGUAUUUUAUAUUACAACACAUUCUGCUGAUACAUGGUCCAUAAGUCCUCCUGAAUUAUACAGCAUGAUUGAUGAGCUCAAAGCACCUAAUGCUACAUAUACAGUUAAAACAAGUUGGGUGAUAGAUCGUGUAAAUUCUUAUGGUGAACAACCUAAAACUGUUUCGGAUAGUCAUGAAAUCACCAUCAAUAGUACUGUUUGUGCGCAGUUGGCUAAUUUACUUGUAUCAAAUAAUACAAACACUCCUGUCAUGUUGUUAGGACUUAUUCCUAAAUUUAUCAAAGUUACAGGAUUCGGUGGAGCUUCUGCUGUACCUCAACUUAUGAUUUCCAAUGAAACUGUACCAUACAUGAAUAUCAGUGUAUUACUCCACCAAAAAUCUCAAAAAUGGUGGGAUGUUAUUGAAGAAUGUCCCCCGCAAAAUAGUGCACACUAUUUAUAUGAUCUACCCAAAAGUUCUUGUAAAUUAAAUGGAAACAAAAAUAAUUUUACAAUAUAUACUUUCAAUGAUAGAGCAUUUCCAGAAACACUGAAUAUGAUAAGUGGAAAAGGAAUUCUUGGAUUAUACACAACAUUUGUUAUUGUCGUAUACACAUUUGUUAGGAAUUUUUUCACGGGAAUCUCUGCUAAAAUUAUGUUUGAUGAUAUGCCAUAUGUUGAUAGAAUUUUACAGCUUUGUUUAGAUAUUUAUCUAGUUAGAGAGAGUGGAGAGUUAGAUCUGGAAGAAGAUUUGUUUGCAAAACUAGUAUUCUUAUAUAGAUCCCCUGAAACGUUAAUAAAAUGGACUAGGCCGCCUGAUGAAAUGGCAAAUGAAGAUCCUGAUGAUGCUCUCCCAGAACUCUCUAUGUAAUCUCAGAUUUUUAUUUCUCAUAUAUCUUAUUUUAAUCCAAUAUUUAUAUAUUAAUUAUGAACCUCUAAGUAUAUUUUGUGUGUGCUGAUUUAGUGUAUUUGCUGCUAUUAUAUCAAGUGCUGUAUUUUAAAAAAGCAACUAAUUAUUGAUUGUUUAUCAUAGUUACUAAAAUUUUUCAUAUCAUAGUUGUUAAAAUAUUUGAUAUGUGUUGAUUUUAUAGUAACGCUAUAAUUUAAACAAUUUGUAAUAUUUUAAAUUCGUUUUAGUGAUUUUUUUAAAAAUAAUUUUCCUUAUAUCGUGUGUGUUUUUAAUUAAUUUGUACAAAUUUUAAACUCAGAAAUUCACAAUUAAAUUAAAAAAAAAAUAUUAUUUUAUGUUUUAUGGCUACUCUAGUAAAGCCAUAAUAAAUUCAAAAUAAUUGUCACCAUGUAAUUAAUUAUUAUUUAUAUAAUAUUUUCAAUUAUCAAAUAAUAGUUGUUCAUUUUUUAUUUAAUUUAAAUUUUGACAUUUAAAAAUGAUUUACAAUUCUUACUAAAUUAUUAUCUAUUAUUGUUAAUGUAUUUAUAGUGAACAUUUUAUUAUUUUUGUAAUUUAUUGUUGUUUAUUUUAUUUGUAUAAAUUUACAAAUUGCGCAAUCAAUGUAUUUUUGUAUUUAUACUUAUAAUUGCACAUUUUUGCUCAUAAUUUGUUAAAUACAUUUUUUUCUUGCAACA